AUGGUUCAACUCAACAUGUCUACAGUGUAUGACUAUUUGGUGGUCGGCGGUGGGACCGUCGGCUGCGUAAUUGCCUCUCGCCUUUCCCAUGCCGGCCACCGCGUGGCUCUCUUCGAGACGGGCCCAGUGAACUAUUCGACCGAGAUUAUGAGCUCUUCUGGCGCGCCACUUCUACACGGCACUCCUGCCGAGUACAAUUACAAGAGCACUCCACAAGCUGCGCUCGAUAAUCGUGAAGUCCCGAAUUAUGGCGGCAAACUCCUCUCCGGAUCUAGUGGGGUCAAUUACGGUCUAUGGACUCGUGGUCACUCGUCUGAUUACGAAGCUUGGGCUAAACACGUGGGGGACGAACGAUGGAACUAUGGCAACUUGCUCAAGUACUUCAUGAAGACGGAGAACUAUCAAGGUUCGAACGUCAGCAGCAAGGUACACGGAUUUGAUGGGCCGAUUUCUGUGAUUCAUGGCACCAAAAAAUAUCCUCUGAGGACGGAAAUCUUGAAUGCACUCCAACAAAGUGGCCUCAAAGUCAAUCCCGAUGGAAACAGCGGAGACCCGUUUGGGAUAAGCGAAUUCACCGAGAAUUGGAAGAACAACCAAAGGCAGCCUUCUGGCUUGGCCUACGAUCUCUCCAAAACCGAUGUAUUUACCAACACCACUGUUGCACGAAUUGACAUCAAUAUCCACACCAAAACCGCUACGGGAGUCACUCUGCAGAAUGGCCAGUCUAUCAAAGCCUGCAAGGAGGUUAUCCUAAGCUGCGGCGGGAUCAGAACUCCGCAAGUUCUUAUGCUGUCGGGUAUCGGGCCGAAGGAGCACCUCCAUUCUCUGGGAAUAAGUAGCAUUGCCGAUCUUCCAGUCGGCAAAAAUUUACAUGACCACGUCUCUGGAUCCCUGUUCUGGAAGCUCCGCAAUCCGGAAAAGGGACUUGCGGUAGGGUCACCCCUUUUCAACAAGUCGGAAUACUUCACGGGAACUGCAGUGGACUGGAUCUCCACUAUCACUAUCCCCAAUGAUCUAAUAUCCGCCGCCGCCGCUGCUGACGGGACCAGUCUCCAUAAGCUGUAUGGCCCAGGUCCUCGCGCACAUAUCGAGUUCUUGACAGUUUAUGCGCCUAUUGCUGGUGGCGGUACGGAAUACCGACUCCCAUUCGAUGGAACUCAUAUAUCCACACCCACCCUCCUACUACUCCCCACUAGCCGUGGACAAGUCACUCUUGCUUCCACGAAUGCUACGGAUGAUCCAAUCAUCGACCCGGAGUAUUUGAGUACUGAGGUCGAUCGCGCACUUUUGCGCGAGGGCAUACGUGCAACUAUACGAGCAAUGGAAACCCCAGAAGGACAGAGCGUGGUUGAAGGAGAAAGCCCUCCACCAGGUUUCCCGCAACUCACAAGUGCGAGUACGGACGAGGAGAUUGAUUCUCGCCUUGCUCUUAUGGGCUCUAGCUUCUAUCAAAAUGCCGGUACAGCGGCCAUGGGCACUGUUGUGGACACCAAAUGUAAGGUUAAAGGCAUCAAACGUUUAAGAGUCAGUGAUGCAAGUAUUUUGCCACUACCUAUAGCGUCACACUAUCAGGCGGCAAUGUAUGCUAUCGCAGAGGCGACGGCGGCCAUGAUCUUGGAGGAGGAGGACCCCAGCGCGUAG